UUUAUGGAUCGUCUAGUUUUUACAUAAUUAACUUUGCUUACUCUCAAUAGCGUUUCUUUCUUUUGUUUAAUUAUUAUUUUUUUGUGUGUGUGCGAUAGGUGUACCUUCUCCUCCGAGCAAAUUAAUGCCUUCAAGUACGGUGUUCGAUUCCAAGGGUCGUCCUCAACUGGAUGUAAUUGGACCACAUUUAAUUUCUGAAGGACGACUGACAGAAGAAGCAAUAUUAAGAAUUAUUAAUGAUUGUUCAGCCAUUUUAAAAUCAGAAAAAACUAUGCUUGAAUUAGAAGCUCCAAUUACAAUUUGUGGUGAUAUACAUGGUCAAUUUUAUGAUCUAAUGAAACUUUUCGAAGUUGGCGGUCCUCCUGAAACAACACGUUAUCUGUUUCUUGGAGAUUAUGUUGACAGAGGUUAUUUUAGCUUAGAGUGUGUAAUCUACUUGUUUAGUUUGAAAAUUCUACAUCCACGCAGUCUGUUUCUUCUACGUGGUAAUCAUGAAUGUCGUCAUUUAACACAAUAUUUUACAUUCCGACAAGAAUGUAUUAUGAAGAGUACGGAACAUGUUUAUGACGCUUGUAUGGAAGCAUUUGACCUUUUACCAUUAGCUGCAUUGAUCAAUCAACAAUUUCUAUGUGUACAUGGUGGGCUAUCACCUGAAUUGCAUACAUUAAAUGAUAUACGCAAGUUGGAUCGAUUUAAAGAACCACCAGCAUUUGGUGCAAUGUGUGAUUUAUUAUGGGCUGAUCCAUGUGAAGAUUUUGGUCAAGAAAGAAAUUCGGAACAUUUCAGUCAUAAUACAGUUCGUGGAUGUUCAUAUUUCUACAGCUUUAAUGCAUGUUGUCAUUUUUUACAAGCUAAUAAUUUACUGUCUAUUAUACGAGCUCAUGAAGCACAAGAUGCCGGUUAUCGAAUGUACAGAAAAAGUCGACAAACUGGAUUUCCUGCUUUAAUUACAAUUUUCUCUGCACCAAAUUAUUUAGAUGUGUAUAAUAAUAAAGCCGCUAUAUUAAAAUAUGAAAAUAAUGUAAUGAAUAUACGUCAGUUUAACUGUUCACCACAUCCAUAUUGGCUACCCAAUUUCAUGGAUGUAUUUACUUGGUCAUUACCAUUUGUCGGUGAAAAAGUUACCGAAAUGUUGGUCAAUGUACUUAAUAUAUGUUCAGAUGAUGAACUACUAUCGGACACACCAGAAGAUGAAUCACAAAUCACAGCGCGUAAAGAUGUUAUCAGGAAUAAAAUUCGAGCAAUUGGUAAAAUGGCCCGUGUAUUCACUGUAUUGAGAGAGGAGAGUGAAACUAUACUUGAACUCAAAGGACUUACUCCAACUGGUAUGCUUCCAUUAGGAGCAUUAGCCGGUGGUCGAGAAGCUAUCAAAGCUGUUUCUGGAACAUGGACACCACAUAAAAUUCAAUGUUUUGAAGAAGCAAAAGCAUUUGACAAAGUCAAUGAACGAAUGCCACCACAUUUAGAUAUGAAUUCUAAACGAUGUUGGCCAUAUUCUUCCACAACAUCAAUUAAUACAAAUGAUGAAGAAGAAAUUAAAUUGUCUGAUUCACAUAUUAUCAUUAAUCGUGAGCCGAUUGUAGACGAUGAUAAUGAUUCUCUACUUACAGUUAGCUCACAAAAAUCAAUGCCAAGACCACCAUCGAUUUGUGAAGAACACUCAUCUGAUGACGAUAAUGUCGGUGAUGAUGAUACUGAAGCCAAAAAUGAUAAAAGAAAGCUCAAACAACAAAUCAAUACUGUUAAUGAUCUCAAAUCAACAAAAUUGACUAAUCAACUUGAUACAAUUAACACAUCAAAUGAUCCCAACCAAUCGACUAGUUCUGCUGAUUCAACAAAAUCAAAUAAAAAUGAUUUAAGCAAUACUACUAAAACUCCUAGUACUACCACUAUUGGUAGUAGUAGUAGUAGCGGUAGUUCAACAUUACAAAGCAGAACAAUUAUAAGGACAAUAACACCUAAUAAAUCAAGAAAUGACAAACUAUAAUCACCAGUGCUUCCGUAGGAACAUUCAAUCUAUCCAUGUCUAUCAUGACUUGAUCUGAAAAUGCAUAUUUUACAACUAACUAUCUAAACAAAUAAUCAAAAAGAUAUAUAAUCUAUGAAUAUACAUAUAUUUAGAUAUUAUGCAAUUCAUUUCCUUUAUUUUUCUUUUUGGUUGGUUGUGUUGUUGUAUUUUUCCCUUUGGUCAGUUGUUGUUACUGUUGUUUGUCCGUUUAAUAAUCAUGGUGACUUUUCUCUUUGUUUCUUUCCUCAUUUGUGUUGAUCUCUCUCUCCCUCUCGAUUAUUUUGUGUACAUUUCCUCUACGUGUAUUUUUUGGGGGUGGGGGUUUUGAAUUUCAACAUAAAAUCAUCAAUAUAAUAGUAUUACAUGUUUGCCACCGCUUCUCUUCACUCCUAACUGAAAGAUAUUUGAAAAUGGACAUUCACAUGGAAAUAUAGUGACAUAAUAGUCAUAGUGUGUGGAUGAUUAAUUAACCGAACACUGUAAAUAUAUACUACUUUCUUGGUAAUAAUAAUAGUAAUGUAUGCACUUAUGUCAAAAGAAAUUUAUACUUAUAUAUGAGGACCAAAAAACUAUCCAAUUUAUGUUCUGAUAAAAAAUGAAAUUAUACACAGAACAUACCAAAACGCGGUCAAAUAAACCUUUUUAGAUUUUGCUAUUUCUUAUAAGCUUCGUUUCUUUUUCUAUUGAUCUAUCUUUCUCCGAUCUCAUGGUUGGUUAUUCUCUCUUUGUUUCUCUCGCGCGCGCAGUAAUCGACCUGUCAACUGUUAUUUUCAUUUUUAAGGUAGAUAACUAUUAAGUGAUCAACAAAUUUAUGAUCUAUGAGAAUAAUAAUGAAGUGCUCAUCUAUUGUUUCUUUGUUUGCCUGUUGUGUUUACUUGUCUCUUGAUGUCUCUGCCCUGUGUGUGUGUCUAUGUGUGCCUGGGCAUGUGUCGUGUUUGCCUUCAAAUUUGGCGUGGAAUUUCCGUUUUGUUUUUUUCUUUGUAAUUAAUGCGUUUUCUUCCAUUUUUAACAGGAUUGAUGCCGCUUAUCUUUUUUUCUAAAUUUCUAAACAAAAUUAGAUUUUUUGUUUGGUCUUGUUUAUUAUUUCUACACAUGCACAUUUUAUAAUAAUAAUAUCUUACAAAAUCAUGGUCUACAUUAAUUUAAAACAAGAAUUACACAAUAACUAAGCGAAAAAUCCCAACUAAACAAAGAAUGUAGAAGAAGUACACAUGAAUCAAUUAUUUUUCAUGUUUGAAAUCUUUUUUUUUUUUUUUUGAUUUUACGAAAGUGGUAAUUAGGUGGAGGGAAAAAGUUGCUAUUGAAUUAUUAUGAUUAUUAUUUUCUUAGAAUAUGGGAUAUAUAGGAAUAUUGGGUUGAUUAUUGUUGUAACUGUUGUUGGUGAUUAAUAUUUUGUUCAAUUUUAUUUUUGUCUCCAUUAUUGAUUGGUUUACUUUUAUUUUGAUAACAUGUUGACAAUGAUGAUGAUUAUUAUUAUUAUCCGUAUCCUCAAUUUGUUCAGUAUUAAUUAAAAUGCAUAUGGUAACAGUUUCCAAGUGUUCCUGUUUAGUCACCUUUCAUUUAUGAUUUGUAUAUGAGUGUAUGUUUGUGUUUGGAUGUAUGUUUUCACUAAUCUUUUUUGUCCGAUUAUUUUUUCAAGCUAUUUAAUUAGAUAGACUAAAAAUCGUCCAUUUCUCUAUGUAUUCUCUUUAAUUCUCGAUCUCCUUUUUUUAAAAAUAUUUUCUUCUGUUAUAUUACUAUGUUUACUGUUUAUGUUUUAAAUUACUGACACUCAAGUUGUCCAUCAAUUUUUAACAUAUAUCCAUAUACAUCCAGGUUAGCAAAGUAUCCCCUGUUUUUCUUGAUUUGUACAGUGUCAUUUACACUUUUUAAAUGAAAAUUCACAUGACUCACUUGUCCUUUUGUAUGUAUGUGUAUAUGCUAAUGUGAACGUACAUAGAUUUUCUUUUGCUUUUCGUGCUUACCACAAUCAUGAUUUGUUUUCUUCAUUAUUAUGAUCUUAGUGUCCAACUCUCAUCAUGACCUAAUAUCUUCAGUUUUUGCAUACUUGUUGUCACUGCAUAUAUACUACCGGUUAUUGAGGUUGGUGAUGUCUUUUUUCCUCUCGCUCUCUCUUUUUCUUUCUGUGUAUCUUUGUGUGUAUCGUCAAAUAUGUAGGAUAACAUUGUGAUUCGAAUUAGAAGUAUCUUCAUUUUCUAUGUUACACAACGGAAUGUAAGCAUAAUGAUGAUAACAAUAAUUCUCCUUUUUUUCAUGUUAUUUAUUCAUUUUAAUUGGUACUAAUAUUAAAAUUGCUCCAUUUUACUCAUUUACAUUUUUGAUUUAUCUCCUAUUUCCUCAAUAUCAUUACUAUCUGCUUAUUUUACAAGUGACAUAUUGAUAACAUAAACCAAAUAAAGAACUAACAUACACAUACAGAGAGAACGAUCAAAAUGAAAUUUGAAACGAUAACAGAAUGAAACUGGCAAUAUAUAUAUAUAUAUAUAUAUAUAUAUAUAUAUAUAUAUAUAUAUAUAACGUAAUGAAGAAUGAUGCAUUAUGAUUAACCUCUUUUUCUAGUAUACAACUACUUGUUACUACAUAUAUAUGUAAUUGAACUUGUAUAUGAUCAGAUUAACUUUUGUUUCGUUUUUAUUGUUUACAACCCUUGAUUUUUUCGAUUCUCUUUUUUUUUUACUCUGUCGAAUUCGACUGAUGUCUACACAUUAGUAAUAGUUACAUCAUACAUCCGCCAUCCCUGAUCACUUCCAAUGUUGUUAAUAUCAAGUAAAUAUUUCCCCUCCUGUGACCGUGUAGUUUUUUUUCUAUUCUACUACUUUAUAUUCAAUAGAAGGAACCUGGGUACACAAUUGUGUGUGCGCGCGUUUGUAUCGGGUUUCGAUAUUUCAAUGAGUCAAUGAGUUUCCUAAUAAAAUACUUCAUAAAUAUAUUUUACUAUAUUGUCUUUUUUUUUCCUUCAACAUGUACUGCACCUGAUUGUAGCUUCCAAUUAGUUUGGUGACACAUUUUUCUACUUUGUUCCAUUUUGUGUUUUCUUUCUCAUCUUUCGAUUACACUAAAACUACAAUUACUGCUGUUCUCUUGCUGAUAAAUCAAAAUUACAAAUGAGUACUUUUUUUUUUAAAAUGUACUCAUCUGUUUACUCUGUUUUUAGUAAAUGAGACAUCUAUUAAAUGGUAAUAUGAUUGGUGUUUUUUUGUCUACUUUUCAUAUACACAGAGAUAAUGAUUUACCUGUUUUGCUUUCUCACAUAUGGUCUUUUUCCCUCUAUUCCAAAAAUCAUUUUUAAAAUUAUAUCACAAUUACCGUUUGGAUUUACCGGGUUUUUUUUCCUUGUCUUCACAACCACCUCCAUGUUGUCGUUCGCCUUGAACUCGUUUUACGUUUUCCUUUUAAUUACAGUUCACCUUCGAUUGAAUUUU